AUGGUGCUGGAGCGCCCAGAGCGAUGUGAGGACCUGCGGCGCUACAUUCGGGCACGGAUAUUCCUGUCUGAGGAAGAGGCGCGGGAGUUUUUCCGGCAGGUUCUGGAGGCCGUGCGGCACUGCACCAGCUGCGGGGUCCUUCACAGAGACAUCAAACCAGAGAACAUCCUGGUUGAUCUGGACACCGAGCAGGCAAAGUUGAUCGACUACGGCUGUGGCACUUACCUGCAGGACACAGCCUACACUCAAUUUGCAGGAACCCUGUCCUACAGCCCACCAGAGUGGAUUCUCCAAAAACGCUACCACAGCCAGGCAGCAACAAACUGGUCCCUGGGCCUCCUGCUGUACCAGCUGGUCAUAGGGAAGCACCUGUUCAGGAAGGGCCAGCAGAUCAUCUGGGGGUGGAUCUUCUUAUCACAACGACUCUCCCAAGGUGGAUCCUCAUCUCUGGGCACGGGGGGAGCACCAGGGUUGGGAGACAGCAGUGCCGCUCCUUGCUCGCAGGUGGCCAUCAAAUGCAGGCCGUGGGAUCGCAUCCGGCACUGGGGCUUCCCCAGUGUGGUGCAAUUGCUGGAGUGGUUUGAGCUCCCCAUGCACAUCGUAAUGGUGCUGGAGCGCCCAGAGCGAUGUGAGGACCUGCAGCGUUUCAUUCGGGCAUGGAGGUUCCUGUCCGAGGAAGAGGUGCGGGAGCUUUUCCGGCAAGUUCUGGAGGCCGUGCGGCACUGCACCAGCUGCGGGGUCCUGCACAGAGAUAUCAAACCAGAGAACAUCCUGGUUGACCUGGACACCGGGCAGGCAAAGUUGAUCGACUUCGGCUGUGGCACGUACCUGCAGGAAACAGCCUACACUCAAUUUGCAGGAACCCUGUCCUACAGCCCACCAGAGUGGAUUCUCCAACAACGCUACCACGGCCAGGCAGCAACAAACUGGUCCCUGGGCCUCCUGCUGUACCAGCUGGUCAUAGGGAAGCACCUGUUCAGGAAGGGCCAGCAGAUCAUCUGGGGGCGGAUCUUCUUCCCACAACGACUCUCCCAAGGUGGAUCCUCAUCUCUGGGCACGGGGGGAGCACCAGGGUUGGGAGACAGCAGUGCCGCUCCUUGCUCGCAGGUGGCCAUCAAAUGCGUGCCGCGGGAUCGCAUCCGGCGCUGGGGCAAGCUGCCCGACAGCACCAGCGCACCAUUGGAGAUAGUGCUGCUAGACAAGGUGUCCACAGGCUUCCCCAGUGUGGUGCAACUGCUAAAGUGGUUUGAGCUCCCCAUGCACAUCGUGAUGGUGCUGGAGCGCCCAGAACGGUGUGAGGCCCUGCAGCGUUCCAUUCGGGCACGGAGGUUCCUGUCCGAGGAAGAGGCGCGGGAGCUUUUCCGGCAGGUGCUGGAGGCCGUGCGGCACUGCACCAGCUGCGGGGUCCUGCACAGAGAUAUCAAACCAGAGAACAUCCUGGUUGACCUGGACACCGGGCAGGCAAAGUUGAUCGACUUCGGCUGUGGCACGUACCUGCAGGACACAGCCUACACUCAAUUUGCAGGAACCCUGUCCUACAGCCCACCAGAGUGGAUUCUCCAACAACGCUACCACGGCCAGGCAGCAACAAACUGGUCCCUGGGCCUCCUGCUGUACCAGCUGGUCAUAGGGAAGCACCUGUUCAGGAAGGGCCAGCAGAUCAUCUGGGGGCGGAUCUUCUUCCCACAACGACUCUCCCAAGGUGGAUCCUCAUCUCUGGGCACGGGGGGAGCACCAGGGUUGGGAGACAGCAGUGCCGCUCCUUGCUCGCAGGUGGCCAUCAAAUACGUGCCGCGGGAUCGCAUCCGGCGCUGGGGCGAGCUGGAGAUAGUGCUGCUGGACAAGGUGUCCACAGGCUUCUCCGGUGUGGUGCGACUGCUGGAAUGGUUUGAGCUCCCCAAGCACAUCGUAAUGGUGCUGGAGCGCCCAGAGCGAUGUGAGGACCUGCAGCGUUUCAUUCGGGCACGGAGGUUCCUGUCCGAGGAAGAGGCGCGGGAGCUUUUCCAGCAGGUGCUGGAGGCCGUGCGGCACUGCACCAGCUGCGGGGUCCUGCACAGAGAUAUCAAACCAGAGAACAUCCUGGUUGACCUGGACAUUGGGCAGGCAAAGAUGAUCGACUUCGGCUGUGGCACGUACCUGCAGGAAACAGCCUACACUCAAUUUGCAGGAACCCUGUCCUACAGCCCACCAGAGUGGAUUCUCCAACAACGCUACCACGGCCAGGCAGCAACAAACUGGUCCCUGGGCCUCCUGCUGUACCAGCUGGUCAUAGGGAAGCACCUGUUCAGGAAGGGCCAGCAGAUCAUCUGGGGGCGGAUCUUCUUCCCACGACGACUCUCCCAAGGUGGAUCCUCAUCUCUGGGCACGGGGGGAGCACCAGGGUUGGGAGACAACAGUGCUGCUCCUUGCUCGCGGGUGGCCAUGAAAUGCGUGCCGCGGGAUCGCAUUCGGUGGUGGGGCGAGCUGGUGAGUGAGCGGGGCCAGCGGCAGAAGCCGGGGCGUUCCGGGCAUGGAUGA